AUGGCUACGCAGACGGGCGAGAAAAAAUGGUACACAGGCAGCUGCCACUGCGGUGCCACGCGAUAUGAAAUCAAACUCGACGCCUCGAACCUUGAGCUCACCAAAUGCAACUGUAGUAUCUGCCACAAACGUGGAUACGUCCUCUUGAAAGUGCCCACCCUGGAAGAUAUAAAGCUCAUCUCGCCAGCGUCUCUGCAGGAGCUGGGUGACUACACGUUUGGAACGUGCCUAGUCCAUCAUCGGUUUUGCAAGACCUGUGCUGUUUCUUGUCUAGCAGAGGCCAAAAUCGGCGGCGAGGAAAUGUAUACUGUCAAUGCUCUGUCUAUUGACCAAGACCAGGGUAUCGAGCUGAAGGACGUCAAAAUCGGAUAUGUGAACGGAAAAGCUAUCGGUUCACUUUACAAGUUCGAGAAACUGGGGCCAAGAGAUGAACCCCAUCAAGGCGGUUGCUGGUAG